AUGCACACUCUUCUAAUUGUCUCCAACUCCUAUCAUUUUGCCUGCCUUCCAAUAAAGGAGACGUCUUUUUUCAGUCUCACGAAGAGCGAGUGAGAGAGAAGGGAUUCAGAGGCAGAAGAUUUCGUUCUGGUUUCGUCUCAGAGAUUGACAUUUCUGAGAUAUAACAUGUCGUACCAUCGAGGAGAUGACAUUGAUGACAUGGCUUACGACGGAGAGGUGGGAGAUGUAGUGGAUGAGAUGGAUGAUGAGUACGAUGGCAGAGGUGAUGGUGAAGCAGAUCUUGAUGACUACGAGCUGCAUAGCAAGGUAACUGAUAUAACUUCUGUUCACGCAAGGAAAGGGAAAGAUAUUCAGGGGAUUCCAUGGGAAAGAUUGAACAUAACUAGAGAAAAGUACAGGCAGACAAGGUUAGAGCAGUACAAGAAUUAUGAGAAUAUCCCUUCAUCGGGAGAAGUUGUAGAUAAGGAAUGUAAACAAAUGGAAAAAGGUGGUAACUACUAUGAGUUUCGGCACAAUACAAGAUUGGUGAAGCCCACGAUUCUCCAUUUUCAGCUGAGGAAUUUGGUUUGGGCCACCUCAAAACAUGAUGUUUAUUUGAUGUCAAAUUAUUCUGUUAUUCACUGGUCCGCAUUAUCUUGCAAUUUGUUGGAGGUCUUGAACUUCUCAGGGCAUGUGGCACCUUCUGAGAAACAUCCAGGAAGCUUGUUGGAAGGUUUCACACAGACUCAGAUUAGCACACUUGCAGUUAAAGGCAACUUUCUUGUUGCAGGUGGUUUCCAAGGAGAACUUACUUGCAAGCGUCUGGAUCAGCGGGGAGUCAGCUUCUGUACAAGGACAACUUAUGAUGACAAUGCAAUCACAAAUGCUGUUGAGAUAUAUGACAGUUUGAGUGGUGGAAUCCAUUUCAUGGCAUCCAAUAAUGACUGUGGUGUACGGGAAUACGACAUGGAGAAAUUUCAGCUUAUGAAUCACUUCCGCUUUCCUUGGCCAGUAAAUCACACGUCAACUAGUCCAGAUAGCAAGCUUAUCACAGUAGUGGGAGAUCACCUGGAUGGAUUACUUGUGGAUUCACAAAAUGGGAAGACGGUGGCGACAUUGGUAGGCCAUUUAGAUUACUCAUUUGCUUCAUCAUGGCACCCUGAUGGCCGUAUAUUUGCCACUGGGAACCAGGACAAGACAUGCCGAGUAUGGGAUAUUAGGAAAUUGUCAUCACCCAUUGCAGUUCUCAAGGGCAAUUUGGGAGCUGUACGAUCAAUCCAUUUCUCUGCAGAUGGACAGUUCAUGGCAGUGGCAGAGCCUGCAGAUUUUGUUCACAUAUAUAGCACCAGGGCAGACUUCAAGAAACGGCAAGAAAUUGACUUCUUCGGUGAAAUAUCUGGGGUAUCAUUGAGUCCAGACGACGAAUCUCUCUUCAUAGGAGUGUGGGAUCGGACUUACGCCAGCUUGCUUCACUACAGCAGAAGGCAUUCAUAUGGCUAUUUUGAUUCCUAUCUGUGAUUUAUCCAUCCGGGGUAAUGAUCCAUCAUCCACGAAAGUACACUUGCAUGAAGGUAACAGUGCAACUUUCAACUAAAUGUCGGUGGCUCUCUGUCUGGUUAAAUGACUGUGAUGUAGAAAAUCCAGUCGUGCAGUUCUUACAUUUAUAUAGACGUACCGGGAAGAAGUCGGUGUUUAGCUCCAGCCAGAAAAUCAUCGCAAGGUUGUGAUUUCCAGUCCUAGCUGUAAAAGUUGAAUCGUGUUGCUUGUAUUUAUGGGGGGGACUGCCUAGUUGUAUUUGGAUUAUUUCUAAUUUUGUACUGAGCUUCUAUAGCUUAUUUUCUGAUUUUCUUUCUUUUCCUCUUGUAAAGGAUUCUGAAAAUAAUGCAUAGAUAUAUCAUGGUUACCGCUAUAAAAUUAAGGCUGGGCAAGUCAA